AUGUCUUCAUACUUUGACGUCCUAUCUUGGACACGAGCUCGCAAGAACCGCGAAGCGCUGGAGAAAACCAACCCUCAGAACCCUGUUCUCAAUGACGACGACGAGCAGUUUUUACAAAGGAUUACUAGUCAAGAGGCUCCUGCGCCGCCACUUCCCACCAUCGAGCCUACAGUGAUUGACGACGAAGGCAACGAGAAGGAAGCAGAUGUGACACAAAAGGAAGCUGCUGAAAUGAUUCUACCAGCGAGUCCUGGCGAUGAAAAAGAGAAGAGGACGUGGGCAAGUUAUAUCCCUAGUGUUGGUGUGCCGUCGGACGAUAAGAACGCCGCUGCAGACAAGGUCGGAGAACUAGCUGAGACCGCAAAGGAGACCACGCAAGAGACUAAACCUGCAAUCAAGCAAAUUGAGGAUGCGCCUCAAGAGCCUCAGUCGGAAUCAAAGGAGGAGACAGAGCUCAAGGAGGAUGCUGAACCAAAGGACGAGGCCGAACCAAAGGAAGACGUCAAGCCAAAAGAGGAGACCGACGACUCCAAGGCUCAAACCAUAGACUCAAAGGACGAGAAGACCUCGGAACCCACUCAACGCACCUGGGCCUCCUACAUCCCUACAGUCCCAGCAAUCCCCUCAUUCGGCCGCAACGCAAAAGCCCACGAAGCAGCAGAAGCAGCCGCAAAAGCCCAAACUCCCGAAGCCAAAGAACAAGACGAACGCGAAGUCUCCGUUCUGCUCGACCGCCUCAAUCUUUCCGCCAUAAACAACCGCGUCUUCAGUUUCAGCGACCAAUCCCAACGCCUCUACUCCGAAUUCACCUUGAUCCUCAAAGACAUCGUCAAUGGUGCACCCACAGCAUGGGAAGACCUCGAAACCCUACUCAAAGAAAACGAAAAACACCUCGAGCAAAUGUUCAAGAAUAUGCCUCCCUUUGUACAAACACUGGUCAAAUCUCUCCCGUCCAAGUUUGCAACGUCGAUGGGACCGGAAAUUAUGGCAAUGGCUGGAGACAAACCUGGCAAUGACCUCAAGAAACAAAUGGAAGCUGCCACAGCCAACAUGCCAAACCUCAACCUCAAGAAAAAGCAAAAGAGAAAAGUUCCCAACAUCAAGGAUUUGGCUUCUUCCAAGGGUACUGUCACUAGUAUGUUGACCAAUAUCGUCAAUUUCCUGAAAGUCAGGUUUCCGGCUUUUGUUACUGGAACGAAUGUGGUUAUGAGUUUGGCUGUAUUCACCUCUGCCAAUGUCUCUGAAAUCUCCUCUUCGGAAGAUGAAGACGAAGUCGAAGCCGAACCCGAAGACGAAAAAUCAGCAGCUACAGAAAACGAUGACAAAAUAGACGAAAACAAGAACAAGCAGAGGUAA